AUGUUCAAUCAUUCUUACCUUGACGGAAUGCUCCGGUUAGUUGACCAGUUAUGGAUACUUUUCGGUUGUAGGGUCAUUGGUUUGGUUAUAGCGGUACAUUAUGGCUAUGGCAAACGCUCGAAAGAUAUCAGCCGUGAACAUCAAAUCACCGUCCUGAAGUGGUUCUUCUGCGCUCAGAUCGUCUACGAAAUCCUCAUCGCCGUCAACAACAUCUCCUUCCUAUGCCUAUAUCCUCGAAUGUUUCUGCAGCCGUUCUUCGGGGAUUGCUGCUACUUGGGCUUUGGAAUCUGCAACCCUAUUGCCUCCUUCUGGAACAAGUCCAUCAAAAAUCCGAGCUGCCUAGGCAAAGAGGGUCUCUCGAUAACAUAUUCUAUCAUGAACCUCAUAUUCGAUCUAGCAAUCAUAGCUUUGCCAAUCAAGCCUGUAAACCAGCUGCAGCUUCAGCGAGUGAAUAAGAUCGGCCACCUAGCCAUUUUCGGGAGGGGCGCAUUUGUGUGCGUCACAACCGUUGCGCGCUUGACCACCCUUGCCGAGUCCGCUCAUGAUUCGGAACUAAGUAGCGGUCCCAUCCCAGCUACCAUUUGGAGCGUAAUUGAGGCAAACAACGGCAUCAUAUGCACCUGUCUGCCGGUCUUUAGGCACCCUCUACAAUUCUACUUUCCGCGUCUUUCCGCUUCGCACAAGAGUCAAACUGCAAUUCCAUACAGUCGAUCUAUGUCGCUUCAUAAGCGACGCACCAGCAAAUUUGAACAUAAUCUCACCGAAUCAAAUAAUGCCACAUGGCAGGAUGAUGAUGUGGAGAUGAUGGGGCCAAGAGCCAUUAUCCUGAUACUCACAGGAUCGUUAAGGUGA